AUGCCUGCUACAGGGAAGACCACAGGCUCAUUGGGACAGACCAUAGGAAGACACCAUGUCCGAUUCUUCCUGAAGAACAUAUGUAGCUCAAAAGUCCUUUCAGCAAUCAAACACUCUUCAUUCUUUGCUCCAUCCGUCCCUUCAACACUUUGUCCAGCCCAUGCAUUACUGCGUGAUGAUCCAGCUCAGUCUUCAGCUACAGUCACUGCAGACUUCACACCUGUCGACCUCUUCACGGCCUCUCUACCCCAUUGGGCAAGAUAUACACGUCGCUUUGCCUUCUUGCAAGAGAAGCAGCUAGGCAGACACAGACCCAUAGAAGUGAUUCAAAAGUAUGAAGCUGAAAGUAGAGAAGCAUGA